AUGGAUAUCUUAGAACUGCUCCACGUAGAAUCCUAUUGUAGUGACGCUCGUCCUUUUAGCUGCACUUGGGAAGGUUGUCAUAAGGCUUUCUCAAGAAGAUCUGAUCUCUCUAGGCAUUCUCGAAUUCAUACUAAAGAAAGAUCUUUUACCUGUAACGAGCUUGGUUGCGGUAAAAGCUUUAUUCAGAGGUCUGCUCUUACGGUACAUUUACGGACGCAUACAGGAGAACGACCUCAUUUUUGUGAAUAUCCAGAUUGCAACAAAUCUUUUUCCGAUAGUAGUUCUCUAGCACGUCAUAGGCGUAUUCAUGCUGGAAAAUUUCCUUACAAAUGUCUUAUCGAUGGAUGUGAAAAAAGAAAAACAAAUUUGAUUAAACAUCAUCGACAAGUCCACAUGAUGCCUCACAAAAAUGAUCGAACUAUUGAAUGGCCUUCUAUUGAAGAGCUUCAAUACCAAAAACUGCAACAAAACAUUUCUUUAAAUCAGACAUUCCCUCCUCCUUGGUCUUUACCUGGUGUGUCAGCUUUUCAAACGCAUCAACAUUUCCAACAAGGAUAUUAUACAUCACUACCUCCAUCAUCGUCGUAUUAUUUUGGUCAAUCUAUGCGUCCUGCUCAUUUAGGACAACGGUCUUACUUUAUGGUCCCUAAUUAUUACCAUCAUUAA